AUGUCUGAUACUUUAAGACUCACUUGUCUAGUUAAUGGUGAUCCGAAAAAAAAGGUCUUUGAAGUCGAGAUAGAAAAAAGAGUAAAUGUCCCAAUCGGCGAUAAUUCUAUGGAGGCUGACGUGCUCGAAAAUAAAGCAGAAACAGGUGUCAAAGAAUUAUCAAGCCCAAUUAAAAAAAUUCGUGAUGUGUUUACUGAUAAUAUUGCAGACGAAACUAUCCAUAUUGUUGUCGAAAGGCCUUCUGUCCACGAUGUUAGUGCCAAAGUUCUUGAUGCUUUUAAUAAAAGACCUAAGGUGACACUCCCCGACGUAAAUGAACUCGCAAACUUCCUUGAAAUGCCUAUCCCAGAAAAUAUGAAGAUACCUCUUCUCCAACGUGAAUAUGAUAGUUUUUUGAUUCAAAGUAUGAAAAAUACAUGUACAUCGGAAGACCUCAAUAUCUUAUUCCGUGUUAGUGAAACUGAGAGAGCAUAUGAAUUCAUUACAACAAUAAUUGGCGGGCUAAUUCGGAAUGACCCACCUUCGCGAGAGGGAACCGAACGGUUAUAUCUCUCAUUCUGGGAUACUAACAUCAGGUUUCCUCUGGAGCUUCUUAUUUCUGAUGGUAUUUCUAUCCGAAACUCAUCUCAGCAUUCAAGCUCCUUUAGCAAACGACCAAAUUAUGGAUUUAUUGUCAAUCAUAUUUGUCUGUUCAGAGGAGAGGAAAAAUCGCCCACCAGUUACGAAGAUGCGAAAGCCAAACUCAAGGAUAAACUUUAUUGGACCUAUGAUCCAGCUCCGUAUAUUUUAGGCUACUAUGCAAAUGGGCCAGAUAUAACUUUUGUUGCUAUUUGCCGACCUUUAAGUGGUUACAAUCCAGAUGUUCUUGACAUUGUAAAGUCAAAUUUAAAUCAGAGAAGGGAUCGUAUUCUAAAUCUGCGGCGAAUGAUUAAUUUAAGUAUUCUAAUCAAGUCUCUUCAAGAUGUGAUCGGAUGGCGCGAAACACCCGAAUUCCAACGUAUUUAUAG